UCUUAAACAUAUGUCCUCUAAAUCAAAAUGAUAUUUAUAUUUCUAAUUAGUUUAAUAUUCAUUGUAACCAGUGCGCAAAAUUGCUAUAAUCCUCAGAUAGUUUCAACUUCGUAUACAACCCAAGAUGCUACGAUUUUAAAAGCGGUUGCGUUUAUUUCAAAUUUUUACGUGAAAUGCGAAACUGGAGACCCAGGACAUUUCUACGCUUGGCUGGGAGAAACAAUAACUCCGGUAGCUUCUGUCGGUGAAGGAAAAUACCAAAUAAGUUGGACUGAAGAGGUAAAAACCGCAAAGACUGGAAUUAUUAAUGUUAAAGUGUAUAACGACACCGGUUAUUUAGCACUUAGAAAAGCGAUUAGAGCCGGCGAAGGUAACUUGAAUGUUCCUGUGUUUACUACUCUGAAGAUAAACCAUUCUGGUGUGUAUGGAGGUCCUUGGAUAUCCUGCGAGCUUUUGGCUGCUGUAUUUUCCAUUGCUGUUGCUUAUAUAGCAAUUCAUUUUAGAACUAAAUUGUUAAAUUAGAGUUUAUUUUGUAAAAUUUGUAAUAAAUUUUUUCAUAGAAUA